CAAAGUGGAUAAAGUGCCCAGGCACGAACUGGAAACAAAGGCAUCUUGCCUGCCGCAAGUGGCGUCUGUGCUGAGCCAAGUUGCGGCCAAGGGGCUGCUUCCUUCCUUCCUCGAUCCAUGCGUCAUCAUAAAUAUCCAGCGCUUCCUCUUUAUAAAGGAGCCCCCUGCUGGGGAGUGAAUCUGCAAGCACUGGGCUCCUUGUCUUCCUUCCCAGCAGCUGGCUAACUAAGAAAGUGACGCUGGGAGCCAAGCGCUAUGAACCCCGUGGCAAAGGCAGGUGGUUCCCAACUGCUCUGGCGAGCGUGAAGCUGAGCUCUCUGCUGAGGAGAGCAGGAGGCUUUUGACUCCAGGCCCUGAAUCAGGUUUCCUCUGGAGGGGGCACCUGCCCAGCGACCUGCUCCCUGGUGGCUGACUCUCUGCCCCUGCUCCCUCAGCCCCCGACUCCACCGAGAUGUUUCUCUCCAGACAGAGGGCCACGAGCAAGAAGCCGGGCCCGCUGCCCACCUGUCCCAACGUCCUCACCCCCGACCAGAUCCCCAAGUUUUUCAUCCCCCCCAAACUCUCCACCCUGUAUGGCAGAGCCCCGGGCGGGAGCCCUGGUUCCCAGCAGAGCCCCCAAGGGACCAGGAGCCCAGAGACACACAUCACCCUGAUCAGAGCCGCCGAUCGGCAUGUCAUCCACACACAGGGCCUGCACCAGGACUCUGCGGCUGGGGCAGAGGGUGAGGCUGGCCAGCAGCUCCUCCCUGCCUGCUCCAUGCCCCAGCUCCUCAGCCUGGGAGGCUUCCCCCUCCUACCCGAGAGCCCCCACACACGCCGACGGGAGUCCCUCUUUCACACCGUGUACCCACCCCACCGCGUCUCUCUCGACCUCUCCCCAGAGCCCGGCGCCAGGCUCUCGCCCCCGGAGCUGCGGCCCUGGCGGCCCGUCUCCCAGCCCGGCGCCUUGGACAGCAACACGACCUCCUCUGCAGGUUCCUCGCCCUUCGGCUCCCCGGUGCUGGGGCGCUCGCUCGCCUGCCAGGCCCACUGGGGCCGGCCCCUCUGCAGCCGCACCCCGGAUGCCCAGGCGAUGGGCCGGGCCAGCUCGCUGUGUGCCGAGGAAGCCAGCUCUACGGAUGACAGCCCCAGCCUCCCGCGCCGACAGGCCGAGCCCAGCUGGGGGGCAUCAGCCAGGUUGGCCCCGCCACCCUUCUUCCCCUUGCACUUCAUCUGCCGCCCCGCGCCGGUGGCCCAGGAGAACAUGGUGGCGCUGAGCCAAGGCGGGUGCCUGCAUCUCUCCUCCGAGUACAUCCCGGCCAGCAGGCGCCUGCACGUCCGGCUGGUCAGCGCCGAAGGCCUCUACCCGCGACCCUGCGACCCCCGGCACGUCGGCUGCUGCGUGGCCCUUCAGCUGCGGCCGGGCAAGGCGCAGAAACAGCACAGUGCCGUGGUCAAGAGGAGCCGGAGCCCCAUCUUCAAUGAGGACUUCUUCUUCGAGGGCCUGGUGCCCCACGAGCUGCCCAGCCGCCACCUCAGGCUCAAGGCGCUCAACGCGGGCUGCGGCGUGAGGUGGGACGCCGUCCUGGGCAAGGCCGAGGUCCCGCUGCCUGCCCUGCUGCCCCCCUAGGGCCCGGCGGGGCCACACGGCCGCAGCCCAAGACCUGGUGCUCGGGCCCUGGCUUCUAGCGGGGGCCUGGGAGGAGGGAGAAUGAGAGAGCCAAGGUUUGGGGGGGCUGGAGGAGCUAUGGCUACUGCCCAGCAGCCCACCCGUUCCUCCCCUCUGCCCUAGCCCCAGCCCCGGAUGGACAAGGGCUCGGUGCCCCCAUGCCCCUGGCCCACCAGGCGUGGGGGCGCUCGGUGGGGCCGCAUGCUGGCCCCCAGGCUCCCUGUGCAGGGCGCACAGAGAACUGAUUGUUUAUCUUUUGAUGAUGAAAAGGAGCCUGCACUGCAUGGGAUCCUGGCCAUGGCUGCAUGUGGGGUGGGGAGGGGGGCAGGCUGAGCCGGGGGCACGGGGCGCAGAUUGCAGCAGAGCGAGGGCCAGGGCUUCAUGGAGGGAGUGUUGCGAGCCACCCCUUGCCCAGCCCCCCAGCCCCUCCCCUCCCCUUCAAUUGCCUGCCUCCUUCCCAUUCCCCUCCCAUUGCCCACCCCCGCCCCCAUCCCCUUCCCUGCUCUGACUCCAGCAGUUUCUCUCCACCUGGCAAUGGGGGGAGGUGUCUUGCUCUGCCCGCAACAUGCCCCACCUCUGGAUCCGGUUCCUGCUGCAGGGAGGGGUGGGGGGGAUGGGGAGAAGAGACGGGAUAGCCGAGUUUGCAAAUAGAAGAGAAAGCUGACAGCCAGCAGCCCCCUCCUGCCCCGGGGCUCUGGGCUGGGGGAGAGCACAGCCCCUCCUGGCCGGGGUCUGAACCGGGAGCCUCCAGUACUACAUGCAGGAGGCCCUACUGCCCGCGCUGCAGGUGGAACUCUAGCAACAGCUCCCCGUAGUAGGUUCUUACCCUCUUCUGUGCAUCGGCCACUAGAGGGCGACCUGACUCACACUGCAGGUGCCACAAGGGUAGAAAGCAACAGCCUCCUCCCCCCACCCCGCUCCCCCGGGGUGGCUGAGCGGGACACCCUCAGGCUGCAGGGGGAGAGGCGGGCGCAGGACGAUGUGCACCCCAAUGGGCCUGGCUGGCAUGAAAGGGCCAGCCCCCCUUGCCCUCCCAUGGGGCCUGAGUGAGGUAAAUGAAAGGGCUCCAGCAGGCUUGGCUCAGGCACCGAGGGGUCUGCGCCAGAGCUGGGGCAGGCCAGGGACCCCCCACCUCUCACUGGCUCAGGGCUCCCAGGGGUGCUGGCAUGGGCACCACGCAGCAUCAUUAGUUGCCCUGCGUCUCCUGCGCUGAGCAGCCUUUUGCCAGCCCUGGGGGCACGGACGGGAAACCCACAGGUGGCCAUUCUGGGGGCACCCCACAACAGUCCCUGCUCCGUGGCCAAUUCCUCACAGGGGAGGGGGGAUGGCAGCAUGGGGUGGACUCUGGCCCUGAAGUCGGAGGGCAGACCUGCAGAGGGAGAUUGGAGGGCUUGCAACAGGGUAUUCCACACCUCUGCCCCCCCGGGGUGGGCAUUGCGAGGGGCUUUGGGGCGUUGUUCUCAGGAGAGCGUGCGGCACCCGGCACCGCAGCAACCAGAACGCGCCUGGCGCUGCACGAGCAGCUCUGCUGGCCAGCCUGCACCUCUGCUCCUCGGGACAGGGAGAAGAGCGAAAAUUUCUGGAGAAGUCUCCCCCGGUGGGUCGGAACAAGACCUUGGGGGAGCUGACACAGAGCCCCCAUUGCCAUUGGACCUGAGCAUCUCAUAACACCUUGAUCCUGACAGCCCCCACCCCUACCCCGCAGUGCACUGGGGUGCGGAAGGGGAGAUUGGCACAGAUCUGGGGGGCUGCCGUGCCAGCAGAGAGCAGGGGCAAGACCUGGCACAUCCAGGCUGUAGGGAGCAGGGAGGAUUUAGUUCAUGGCAGGCACUCAGGCCUCAUGGAGGGAGGAAGCCCAGCUAGCAGACCCCUGUGUGUCUCACCCAACCGGUCUCACUGCAGUGCCCCAUGGCUCUUCCCCACUCUGGCCCAGCCCCCCCAACCCCAGUCCCUUGUGCUCCCCACCCCCAACAGAUUCCCCUCCCAGCCAUUCAGCUCUGUUGAUCUUUGCAGCGGGCAGGGGAAGGUUUGUUUGCCAAGGCCCCGCUCUGCAAACAGCAGGAUGACACCGCUGCCCUCCACCCCAACCUCCCCGCCACUGAGAACCACCCCCUUCUUCAUUCCCAUCAGUGGGUCUGUGGGGGAGGGCAUGUGGGGCUCAGAUUGGCGCUGGGCUGGAGAGGAUCAGAACCAGGGCAUGGGGAGGCAUGGCCGGUUUUGUCCCAUCCUUUCCGGCGCGAGAUCCUUGUGCUGCCCCAAGCAGGGUGCGACUGCGACAUUCGGGUGGGUCUAUAGGGGCAAGCGAGGCCCCUAAAUCCACCCCUGAAGGGGCAGGGUGUUGAAUGGGCAAGAUGCCAACUAGCUGGGAAGGAUGGAGUGGCUCAAAACCCUAGACUACAAGCAGCUGGCCCAUGGGCUGGGCCUGGUCUGGCCUGGCCUGGCCCGGCAGGAUAGCUGCUGGCCUGGGGGGGAGUCUGGUGUGCCAAGCCCCCGUGGAACAACGGCAAAAACGGCCUUCAGUGGGAUGCCCAGCAGAGGGCACUGCUGGGCAAAGGAUCGGCCUGGCUGCAGCCCCGUUCCCCACAGUCUGCCUCGGCCCAGCCAAGGGGAAUCAGGUGUAGGGGCUUUUCCUUAAUCUGCGGGGGGCAGAGUGGGGCACUGGGAGUCAGGAGUCCUGGGUUCCAUUCCCAGCUCUGCCACUGGUUUGCUGUGUAGUACUGGGAAGGGCGGGGGAAAGACUCUCUGUGCCUCAGUUUCCCCUCAUAGGCGUUUAGGAGCCAGGGCAGGUUUCUGUUUUUUGUUCUGGGAGGGGAGAGGGGUCUAGUGGUUAGUGGAGGUGACAUGGAAUCAGGACUCCCAUUCCCAUUGACUCACUGUGACCUUGGACAAAUUGCUUUCCUUCUCUGUGCCUCGGUUUCCCCAUCUGUAGAAAGGUCUCCUCGUAUUGGGGUGAUGAGGCUGAAUUAAUGAAUGAAACCCUCCAGUGGAAGAUACUAGCAAAGACAAAGAACCCUUGAUUGUUUGAUUCUCUUUUGAAACCUGUUGAACUGGAAGGAACUGGGCCCCAGGAAUUCUUGGAAUAAACACAGGUAAAGCUGGGGGAAUGUUCUUUAACAAUGAAGCUAGAUCUAUUGUGUAAUUAGAGAAGAAGAAAUCAAGGGAAAUAAUUUUUAAUACCCACUUGUUGCAUCUUGUCUUAGCUUGUCUGUGGCUUCUUUGGGGCAGGGACUCUCUCUCAGUCUGUCUGAGCAGCACCCGGCAUGACAGGGCCCCGAUCUUGGUUACUCUGCAUCUGGGCAGCGCCUGGUGCGAUGGGGCCCUGAUCUUGGUUACUCUGUGUCUGGGCAGCGCCUGGCACAAUGGGGACCCGAUCUCGAUUACUCUGUGAUUGGGCAAUGCCUGGCAUGACGGGGCCCCGCAUCCGAUGAA